CUGAUGAGUCGUGUCACCCGCACAGCCGGGUACAUCUCGCGACGCGCGUAAAAUUACGGAAGUGCGAGCGCUCACUAGCAAUGUUGCAUUAUCCCUUAAGAGUCUAACAAUAAGAUACACGCGAGCGGAAUGCACACUUCGGAUCGUGAUUCGUGUUUGAAUAAAAAUCAGCGAAUUAUGAUAAGUCGAUGGAUUCAUUUCCUUCGUGAGAUAUGACAGAAUCAGAAAUACGCAGUAUUACGUGCAAUUACACUGUGCCGUCGACGAAGAUACUUAACUGAAAAUGAUGAUCAACUUGUGAACAACUCUCUUGCUGCGCAUCGUGCCGUGCAACGACAACGUAUUGCGUUAGGAUGAAAACGAAGAAACUCAAGCGGAACAAUUCGUGUAGAUACCUGAACGGCAAUAGGAAGUUUAGUGAAAACUCCGUCGUGCGUAAGGAUUGUCAUACGUUCCAUUUUCGGUUGAACAAUCUUACAGUGCACAAAUAUCCCGUUCUUCAUGUUAAAAGGACAUAUCUUAUUUUCGAGAUCAAAAAUAAUAACCGCGUGUUAAAAUUAGAAAAACAAUAAUGACAAACAUAAAUCUAAGCAUUAAAAAUAGAUCCUUUUGGCUUUCGUCUUUCAAAAUCUGACAAUCCGAGUAAAAAACGUGCCGUAACGAGUGAUCACGAGUGAGUAACCAUCUCAAUUUUCAACAAUGAUGCUCAUUAAUUUGACCGCAUUCAGCAAAGCAUUUGACGAUAUCAAGUUGAAUGGCACCAACACGACGGAUUUGCUCGAUUUUGAUUACGACCUUGACGAGUCCUUGAGUAAUUUCAACUGGGCGGAACUAGCGCCUGUACUGGUGGUCUACACCUUGACUUUCAUCCUUGGGUUAGUCGGGAACGUCGUUAUCAUCGCCUCCACUCUUUGUCCGCGGCUCAGGCCGCUGCCGGCGACGCCCACGAACGUCUUCCUGGGUGGCUUGGCCACGGCUGAUCUCCUGCUGAUCAUAUUCUGCAUACCCGUCAAGAUAGCAAAAUUGUUCUCUUACACGUGGACCAUGGGCCUCUUUCUAUGCAAAGCAGUACAUUAUAUGCAGAGCGUGUCGGCUAUCUGCUCGGUCGUCACUCUCACCGCAAUGUCGAUCGAGAGGUAUUACGCAAUAGUGCAUCCAAUGAGAGCACAAUAUACUUGUACUAUAAGCCAAGCUCGCAAGAUCGUGAUUAUAACUUGGAUCGCAGCGUUUCUAUUGGGAAUUCCGAUGGUGUUUACACAGACGCAUAAAAAAGUCGGACUGAGAUUGAUCGCCUACUGGUGCGUUCGCGACUCUCAGGCUGGUCUCCUGUGGCGGGCUCACGAGGUCUAUAUGCUCGUUUUGGUCCUCGUGCUGCCGCUGAUCGUCAUGGCAUUCUGCUAUACAACCAUUUGCUGGGAGAUCUGGCGCGUUAUGCAGCGCCGGUAUCACAUGACAUCGCGACACGCAUUAAAUCCAAACAGCAUGGAUACAGAAUCUAUUCCCAUGACGCAGCGGCAGAGUGGAAACGAACGCAGACCGCGUCGGGAUGACAACGAUGAAGAAUCACGGACUAUGAAGCAGGUGGUGAAAAUGCUGGUGGCCGUCGUGGUGUUGUUCGCUAUUUGCUGGGGCCCGAUUCUCAUUGACAACGUGCUGACCGCUUAUGGCUACCUUCCGCGCAUCAAAGACGGGCCGCACAAACACCUCAACACCGCGUUCCAGCUGAUGGCUUACUUUAAUAGCUGCAUAAACCCGAUAGUUUAUGGGUUUAUGUCGAAACACUUCAGGGAGAGCUUUCUGUCGGCUGCCUGCGGCGGAUGGUGGAUUUGCUGCUCCAGAAGAGGCUACCGAUCGUCUGUGACAAGGCACCCCAGCCUCAGCCAGACUAGAACAACCAGCGUGAGGUGGAUUCGAAACUCCUUCCGAGAGUCGAAGUCUCGAAACUCGACCGAUCUGCAUCCCGUAGUGUAUCCGUGAGGGCGCGCAGCCAGGUCGACUCUGACAGCCAGGGACCCCGAAAGCCCGUGCGAAUGUCCGGCUAGAGUAGACGAAUGGAGAGCACAAAUUGAUCGAGAUGGACUUGAUUCUUUCUUCAUCCCUGGACGUCGAGGGAGGUCUCUAUUAGAUAGGAGACUUUCGACAGGGAGACGCGAAUCAAGUCGAGAGAGGUCGCGAUUGUGGGAUUUGCCGAAGUGAGAUGCCGCCCUGCGACCUUCCAGCCGCCUACGAGGACUGUUUCGAGACGAGCGGAGUGAGUGACACGCUUUAAGUGACACAGAAGCUUUGGUGAAUCGACGGCGGCUCUGCGAGACUCGUUCAGGCUUUUGUCUCGCGGUCAAUGCAAGUUCCUGUGAAAUAGGCUCAUGAUUUAUUUAUUUAUCCUCGUCGUGCCACGUCUCGACAGCAUUAUUGCUCAUACAUCCCAGUGAGCGGCGUCCAUAGUUGGACAAAUUCGGACAAUUUGGACAUUAAACCAAUCACGAUAAGGUAAAAAUUUCUUGUUGACGUUUAAACGUCAAAAGAAAAAGUUAAUGUAUCCAAGUUUCUAAAAUGAAAAUGUGACGAAGCUAAAGGAUUAAUUUACGUAUCUUAUUGCCGAAGAUUAAUUAUAUUCCCACCCUGGACGGGGUCUGCGCGUGACAACUGAUAUUUAAUAGGGUGGCUUUGCUACUCGCAAAGUGCGGUGCACCGUCCUGCCGUAACCGGAGAUUGUUUGCUACGAAACUCCGUUAUCGCGCCACGAAUAUUGGACCGUGGCCGGAAGUUGCUAUUGGACUAUCGAACCAGAUGCGGAUCUCGAAUAGACGACCGUAGCUACGAAACUUGUAAGAUCGACCUGACAGGAAAUGCGCUGCCUCCACAGUCUCGCAGAUUAACGGCGACGAAAAUUGGAUUAACGUCAACAGGUAACAUGAUAACUUAUUGAAAAUCGAUUUCAAAUCAACAGGUUUUUCCGACGUCAACUUUGUCGAAAUUUUUCAUUUGUAAUUUUGUAUUAAUUAUACAUCAUGUCAGACGAUGAUGGAACAUAUUUUUCGAACUGAAUUAAAGAAAUUUUAUUUCUCACUGAACAUGAAGAGAGAGAAAAAAAAGAGAGAAUACUAAUUUUUAUAAUUUUGACAAAAUAAGGUUUCACAAUUUUGUGCACAAUUUAGCGAUAUAACAUUUACUAUAUAAACCUUCGAAAAUAUUUUUGAAACAUAUGCAUUGUUUGGGGAAAAUGCAACAAUUUGAAAUGGAGAAAAAUAUUGCAUUUAGUUUUGUAUUUAUUUAUGAAAUCAAUGUUUACACUUCUUGCAGAAAAACAUAAUAGAAUAUUGUGAAUGUUGUUCCAGAAAACAGUCGCUUUGAUUUAAUCAAAAUGUUUAAUCAGUUUAAUGAAUCUAGCCAAAAUGCAAUUCAACGCCAGUAUGUUAAGUAGGGAAUAAGCUAAUCUCAACUGGAUGAGAUGUAGUACCACUAAUUAGAAAGAGCCUCGUUAAUCUUCAAGAUAGUGAUCUUAAUGACUCCUUCUCGUGUUUCAAUCACUUACCAAUCAGCCUCUCCUAGGUGAAUCGAAUAUGCAUUUCGAGUAAUUGAAAUUCGAACUAUUUAUGUCGAAGUACUCACUUCUCUUGCAAUUUAAAGCUUCGGGUAUCUUAUUUGGAACAUCAACAGUUGCAAUUUACUUGCAAUAGUUCGUAUUUAUUAAAGACAAAAAAAAUUGCUAUAAUUCUAUCAUCAAAAAUUAAAGUUUUCGCUCUUUUAUGAUAAAAAUCAACUUGCUAAAUUUCAAGUGCUAAAUUAUUAUUCGUUGAAGUUUUACGCAAUGUGUUCAAUUUGUAUCUAUAUAAACAUUUGCAUAAUGAUAUGCAUGAUUGUUAUCUAAACAGAGUUCUUUUGUAAUUAUCAAUACGAGGUCAAAUUGUAAGCGAAAUACGAGGUGCGAUCGUAGACGUUUGAUAGAAAUCUUGCAUAAAUUUAUAAUUUUCAUUACCAUUCACAUACAUUUUUUCAAUGUUUUUUUUACGUUGGUCGUAAUACUUUUCAAGAAAAAGAAUAUAUGCAACGAUAUUUCCUCUAAAGUAUAUUGAUUUCGGCAAGAAAAAUCACAGAAAUACGAUUAUUAACAGGGAUACAUAUAUAUAGAGAAUAUCAACACAUCAUAUUUAGUAUAUAUAAUCAUAAUUUAUUUUAAAUAAAUCCUCAUUAACAUAAGACCAUCCUAUUAAAUUUGUAUAAUGUAAUACUUCUUACGAGACAUAGGAUCAGAACAGUAUGUAUUCGGAAAAAAAUGUAAUAGAUAUUUGGUAUAAUUAUGUAUACAUAUCAUGCGUAGAGAUUAUAUAUCUGGAGGCGCUUUAGCCCAAUCUCUCUCUCUCUCUCCCUCUUCCGCGUAUAAGAGUAGAAUCGGGAGAAAUAGAAAAAAAAACUGAUCUUUCCACCUUCUUGUCCCUCUCCGUUAUACCAACUUGUCCACGCUUGUGUAAAAAAUAAAAAAAGGACAGAAGAAAUAUCCCUCUUUUAUUCAGUUGGUUACAAGAAUCAAGCUGCAAGACGUCUCCAGGUAUACAAACUCUGUGAUAUUACGUAUGUGCAUGUGUGCCAUUGCUAUUGAAUUAGUUACGACAAUUCUAAAGACAAUGUGUGCCUCCCUACAGGGCAUACACGUUGGAAGAUUACAUAUUAUAGUUUUAUUAUACAAUAUCUAUUGUAUUUUUCUCCGGCGUAUUGUACUUUAAAAAUCUUAUCGUGACAUUCCCAUCGUAAAGAAUGAAAUUGUCGGUAUAUAAAUAUAGUGUACAUGUGCUGUUCUUUGACCGAGCGAGAAUUUCGUCGUAGCACAUGCUCCAAGUUAUGCGUAAUAAGUGCAACUUCUAAGACGAGGACACUUAUGUAUCGUCGCAUGUGCUGCAACAAAAUCGGCAGAGUACCAGUUCUAUUAAGAAAUCUGAUAAAUCCUUUAUAUGUGUGUCAGUCUUAUUUAAAUCUAAUAUAUAAAUGAUUAUUCCUACGUUUGAAACAUAAAUCUUGUGUACAUGUCGCUUCUUAAAAAGGAAAAAAAAAAA